GACAGCUCAUCGGAAGACAUGCACACAGCCGAGCCCCGGGCUUCUCACUAGCAGAGGAAUAAAGGGGGCCGCGCAGGUCUGUGUGUCGGGAGACUGAGCGGCUGUUGUCCCGAGCAUCCUGCUCCUCACGGCGGCAUGGAGCGCUCCUGAUCCCGGCAGGACGCCCGGAGAGCUCAGCCAUUCUUCCCUCGUCACAUCUUGGAUCUGUUUGGAUAAAUUAGCGGCCUGACCAUGUCUGCGAGAGAGAAGGGGAUCCUGACCAAAGACAGUGUCAGCCUGCUGCCCUGCUUCUAUUUCGUGGAGCUGCCGAUUCUGGUAUCGUCUGUGGUCAGUCUCUACUUCCUGGAGUGGACGGAUGUGUUCAAGCCGGUGAAGUCUGGCUUCAACUGCCAUGAUCGCAGCCUUAGCCUUCCCUACAUCGACCCCAACCACGAGGUCAUUCCCCUGCUGAUGCUGCUCAGCCUGGCCUUCGCCGGACCCGCCAUCACGAUAAUGAUCGGAGAGGCCAUCCUGUUCUGCUGUCUGUCUCGGAGGAAGAGUGGCGUCGGGGCCGAGGCCAACAUCAACGCCGCGGGCUGCAACUUCAACUCCUUCAUACGCAGAGCUGUUCGCUUCGUCGGCGUUCAUGCUUUCGGUCUUUGUGCCACCGCCCUCAUCACCGACAUCCUCCAGCUGAUGACGGGCUACCCAACACCCUACUUCCUCACUGUGUGUAAACCCAACUACACCACGCUCAACGUCAGCUGCGAACAGAACCCCUACGUCAUGGAGGAUAUCUGCUCAGGGGCGGACCCUGCAGCCAUCAUCCAGGGGAGAAAAUCCUUUCCAUCGCAGCACGCUACCCUCGCAUCCUUCGCCGCUGUCUAUGUUUCGAUGUACUUCAACAGCACUUUGACGGACUCAUCCAAGCUGCUCAAGCCCCUACUGGUCUUCUCCUUCAUCAUCUGUGCCAUCAUUUGUGGUCUGACCCGGAUUAUUCAGUACAAGAACCACGCUAUCGACGUCUACCUGGGCUUCCUGCUCGGAGGAGCUAUCGCCGUCUACCUGGGGUUGUACGCUGUUGGGAAUUUUCAGCCGAGUGAGGAGGCCAGUGCCAGUCCCCCUCCAAUGCUACACCGCCCCCCCUGCUCCCUGCCUCACAUAAGCCAGGAGGCUGUACUCCACCACCUUCAAAUGAAAGCCAGCAUGGCUGGGGAGGCUGGCAUACCCACCUCCCACUCUGAGGGCCUCCUCCACAGAGGCCUUCAACAGCAAAGGCCUGAUGACAGUCUGAAGCGUUCCAGUGCAGACGUAGAGGUGAUCUCCCCACGCAGCCCUCAAAGUAAAGACGCCAUGGUGACCUUUAGCCACACCCUUCCUCGGGUCCACACCCCUCAGGCCAUGGCAGCGUAUGAGGAAGCAGCCAGACGUCAUGCUGCCACCCUCCACCAUGCCUCCAUGGACUCCAGCCGCUCAAAGCAGCUUCUGUCUCAAUGGAAAAGUAAGAACAACAACCAUAAGUGCUCCCUGCAGGUCCCAGACUCCUUCUCCUCCUCUGUAGAUUCCUCAUCUGGCCAGUCCUCCCAGCAUCCGCACCACCACGGCAGCAUGGAGCUCCGAUCCAGCUCUGAGCCAUCUGCUAUGGGCCUGAAUGGAGGCUUUGAUGGUCAUGCAUACAUGUCCAAACUGGCAACAGGUGCUAGUACCACCCUGCCCAGUAACUGUAGCGGCAUCACCGGAGGGGCCAGGAUAUCCAUGCAGUCUAGACCUGGAUCAUCACAGCUGGUCCACAUACCGGAGGAAGCUCAUGAGAAUUACAACACCACCUCCCCAAGGACGGGGGGAGGAGUAGGGAGUGAGGGGGUGUCAACAAUAAACAGCACAGUACAGGCAAACUGGCAAAGGGCAGCAGAGAAGACUACAGCCUGCAGGACUAACGAUAAUGGGCAGAACACCCAGCCACGAAUCAUGCAAGUGAUUGCCAUGUCCAAGCAGCAGGGCCUACUGCAGACCCAUUCCAAGAGCUUAGAUGAGAGCAGCAUAGGCUGCGGCACCAGCGGGACUUGCCAAGGUUCUGUUCGUUACAGGGCACUAACUGAUCAAGACCCCACCAGCACCACAGGGCCCAGCUCACUAGGGAGCACCACAGGCAGUAUUUCAGGGAGCACUGGAGCAAUUGUCAGAGUAGAGGCCCACCCUGAAAACAACAAGCCAGUGAUCCAAGCUCCGUCCACAGAUGGAAGUGGAUCAUGGAGGUGGCGCUCCCUGGAUCAUGGCACUGGAGCAGGUGGAGGCACAGGGCCCAGUGUAACAGGAGGAGGAUCAGGAGGAGGAGGUGGGAGUUUGAGGCAGUCCUUUGAGCUCAACGAUCUAAACAGAGACUCGGAAAGUUCGGACUCGGUACGUGAAGGGUCGAUUGACAGGAAGCGUGUCAAUCACAUUGUUACCACCACUGCCACUGUUAGCACCCCACCCAUAGUUACUGUUCACACCCAGAACACCGGCCAGUCAGAGCACAGGCUCCACCCCCAGGGCCUCUCUACCAUACGGGUCACUCCAGGGGAUGGUAGUGGUUCUGGAUCUGGAGGAGGAGGUGGUGGCGGAGGAGGAGGGGGUGGAGAGAGCGCUUCAGAAACACCCUCUGUCGCCUCCAGUCGUGAAUCCACACUGCGGAGAAAAGGCAAUAAUAUCAUCCUGAUUCCAGAGAGAGCCAACAGCCCCGACAACGCCCGGAACAUUUUCUACAAGGGAACGUCGAUAACUCCUGUUUUCAAGGACUAACGUGCGGAGCGACAGGAGACGUCUGAGAAGAUGUAGCUAAAAAUGCAAGACAGCUGGAUUUUUCAGAGAACCCCAUAUCUGUGACAAGUCAGUAUUACCUGCCAUUGUAUAUUACCAUAAUAACUUCAAAAGAAAAGGUUUUAUUCAGCAUGAGAUUUUUGUACAUGUUUACACUAAAUCACAACCUUUUAAGUGUUGUAGAAAUAAUCACUGUGUACUUUUGUGGUCACUCCAAAGGAAACCUAUUGUAAUGUCGAUGCUGUGCCAGUGCUUUGGGAACAGGAGAACCUUUUUUAAACAGUUCCGUAUGUUUUGGAUAUAAAUCAUCAGAAAAAAGAAAAAAGCAAGUAGCACAGUAACGUCCAAACUGUAGCAAACCACAGCAAAAUAAUUGUACCAUAGCUGUGGAGCCAGUGUUUACUUCCCUGCACUGUAAAUACUGUGUAUGUUUGAAAAGGGUGCUACACCACAAAAUACUAUUUACUAUACAACAUACUGUACAAUUUGAAUAGAUAAAGAAAGAAUUAUUUUAGAUGGAGCAACAAUGACAUUAAUAUGUGACAGAGAUAUGUUUUGUAUUUCGUCUCUUUUCUGUACAGAUACCACAUACUCAACAGAAUACUGUUUUGAACCAUAAGUGUGCUUAGCAUUCCUUCUGUAGCUAUGAAGUCAAAUAUGCUGUGACUUGCACUGAAAUAUGUGUUUACUGUACCUUGUAUAGUGUAAACCCUGACCUUAUCUUGAUAUCCAUUUGGAUUUCCUACCAAUUCCAUAUCUACAGCACAAAAGAGCAGAAAAACAGCAAAACAGUGGAACG